UCAGGUAGCUUCCAUCUUACAGCUUCAUUAUAAAGACCAACCCAUCUUUGUGUACAUCACCCAUUCCGAAACAAGUGAAAUCACUUUAAGUCCUUCGCCACCAGGCUUUCCACUCCAGAGUAUCAGCAUCAGCAUCAUCCUCCAGUUCCACCACCAUAUUUUUCUUCUCAAGUUCUGCCCUUCUUUUUUCUUCAGUACCUGCACAGUUUGUGCUCAAUGGACGUUGAGAUAUCUAUACAAGUGGCGGACGGAGGAAUGAGCAGGCCGACCGCAGAGGAGGUCGAGAGGGAUGAAAGAGGAUCUUUCAAUGAAGUGUCAGGGGAUGAAAUAAUUUCUUCGAAGGAAGAAGAAAUCUGGAGGAGUCGACAGCAGAAAAUGGAUAAAGCAUUGGCGGAUUCGCGAACCAUGUCAGGACAAGAUCCAGCAGAAGUUUACGCUUUUGCUGGAAAACUGGUGAGUGUCGUCAACGGCGUCAAACACGGCGAUGUUGACGAGUUCCUCUCCAAGAUCGAAAGUUUUGCUGGUCAAAUCGAUCUGUUGGCCGUUUUAAAAACCCGAUGGGAAUGGAACCUUUCACUGCUCCACAGGGCAGCAAUCAACCGCAAGGACGAUAUUCUAAGGCUCUUGAUUGAUUCUGUUGGUGACCACCUCAUAGCCGCCAAAGAUGAUAGGGAAAAUACCCCACUCCACUUCGUCGCUAUUUCGGGGGGAUCUACUAGAGCUGCUGAGAUGUUGAUUCGCCGGGACAAGAACAUCCUGAGGAUGAAGAACAAACGUGGAAAUAGCGCUUUGCACGAGGCCGUGCUCAAUCGUCACACCAACGUGGUGCGCUAUUUGUUGAGCGAAGAUUUGGAGCCCGUGUACUGGCAGAACGCGGCUCAGAAAUCUCCCUUGUACCUAGCCGUCAACACCAACGACUCCAAAAUGCAUGACGUUUUAUUUUCGCCCUCGUUGAAACCAUCAAAGAUAGAAGGCUUGCCGCCCAUUCAUGGUGCCAUUGCGUUUUCCAACUGCGAUUUAGUUGAGUUGAUACUCGAGAAAAACAUGAAGCUAUUUGCAAUGACCGACUCUGGAGGCAGCAAUGUAUUCCAUACAGCAGCUUUCCUAAAUCGGGCCUGGGUAUUCGAAUUCUUACGACCAGAAACUGAAUAUUUGGCCCGAGAAUGGGACAAGAAUGGAGAUCUUCCCAUUCAUAUUGCGAGCAAGAUGGGUCAUGUUCACCUAAUCGAGAAGCUAAAACCAGUAUCAACGAGGCUAAAUAAGCAAGGGCAAACCAUUCUUCAUGUCGCCGCAAAAUACGGGAGAGCCUCUGUAGUGAGAUAUAUACUCAGAGAUCCAAAACUGGGGAGGGAGUUAAAUACACCAGAUGAUGCUGGAAAUACAGCUUUGCACUUGACUGCAGUGCAUUCACAACCCGCUGCUUUGAUUCAUCUUGUGUGGAGUGAAGAAAUUGAACUCAGAGUUUGCAACAACGAAUGCUUGACUGCUUUUGACAUUGCUCGAAGACACAUGGCAAUGGAGCAUACGAAACGACAGCAAUUGGUACUCCUAGCAUUGGCUUGCUCGGUUGCGGGAAAAGUUCCACCUGUAAGCACAGAGUUACCCAUAGUUAGGCCGGAAGAUCGAGAUAAAGAGUUUUCAUCAUUAGUCCGCUCACGCGGAAACAAGCCGGACAGUGACAUGGUCAAGGAUUACAUCAAGUGCCGUCUGCUGGUGGCAAUGCUUGUGGCCACAGUGACUUUCGGAGCUGGUUUUGCAGUUCCUGGAGGAUUUAACGGCUCGGACAAAACCCCCGAAAAUGACUUGGGCAUGGCUACGAUGCUGGACAAGAGAAUGUUCCAGGCUUUCGUGAUUUGCAACACCAUCGCGAUGUUCUGCUCAAUGACUGUGGUCGUCAACCUCAUCUGGGCACGGCUAGUCGACGUCGAAAUUGCGGUAACUGCAUUCCAGCACACAACACUGCCGCUAAAAAUUGCACUCUUGGCGAUAUCCACUGCUUUCUUAACUGGUGUGACCUUGACCGUUGGCAAACUCUCUUGGCUUGCCAACACCAUAUUUUAUUUGGGACUCCCUUUCCUCCUCAUUAUCUCAGGUGCUAUAUUGUUAGAGCACCCUCCCGUCUUUAUCACGAUCCAAAACUGUCCUAUCCGUCGUCUGACAUUAUGGCUUAUUCUCGCUUACAUUAAAUUGUGGAGAGUUGAGACGUACAUUUAUGAUGACACGGAAGAUGACAGAAGGGUGAACGAGACCUUCGCUAGUCGGCCUGCGGAUGGUGCUGGUGAAUUGAAGACUGACGACUCGGCAACAGCGAAAUGUGAGGAUGCGCCACAUUCUUCAAAUCACUGAUUUCUGGUCUUAUUUGCUUCAUCUGUUAAUAAGUUCUAUCUUUGAGCAAAGUCUGAGUCUAUGAGUGAAGAUGAGUAUUAAAGUACUUGUACUGAAGUAUUUGAAUCAAGCCUCGCUAUUGUCUGAUAAUUUAAGUUUUAGAAUAAUUGAUUAUAGUUUUAUAAAGUUCCAUAGUGAUGCACAUGACGUUUAAAUUA